AUGAAGCUUCAGUCAUCCAAUCUGUUCUUGUUUCAGGACACCAACCAACCUAAAAAUGAAAGGCGACUUAAUAUCAGAAGCGUAGAAGAUGAAAUAAUAUUUCCGGACUCCUCGGAAUGGGAACCAGAACCAAUUCGUCGAAUCGAAACCACACCAAAUUGUGCUGUCAGUGACACCUUCUGCGAAAAUGUUGAAUUUUACCCUUACCAACACGUGAAAACCAUUUUGCAAGAUCUCAGCACCAGAAGUAAGUUCUUUUUCGGUGUGGAUGAGGAGCUCUCGGAUCUGAAGAACAGAGUUGAUCCAGAUGAAGGAGAAACCUUUAUCUGCGCGUCUGUACAACGGCUAAUAUUUCCCAAGAUUGCUAGGAACAACAAGAAUGAAUGGAAAUACGUGAUCAACCAAGAUAAGGAUGAUGGUUUUGUUCAGGGGAUACGCGUUGAGUCUUGUAGGCAUCAUGGUAGCCCAUGCGACUUACUAGAAGUUCCUCUUGGCUUCAAAGCAUCCUGCAAGCAGAAAUAUAUUUACAGGAGACUUUUGGCGUUAAAUGAUGAGGGUAAUCCAGUUGUCGACACUUUUUCCUUACCAUCAGCUUGCUGUUGUUCGUACAAGAGGGACAUGGACUUUCUAGCUAGGUUAGCUAGUAACCAAGUGACCAAAUAA